UGAGCACAUAAAAAUUUCAAGGCUUAAAGCUUUUUUGCAGGUUUAAGUAAAGACAAUGGAGAAGAAGCUCCUUGUUACAGUGUCGAUCAUUUUGAAUCUCGUGUUCAUCAUUCAUAUUCUCUACAACAACUCAACCACAUGGAAUCCGACGUGGACCAAAAGAGCCACCGUGGAAGCAGAAACUGCAGCCUCUGUUUCAUGCUCAGGCCAUGGCAGAGCUUACGUGGAUGGUCUUGGUUCUCUUGACGGCAAUAAACCUCCAUGUGAGUGCAACAACUGCUACACAGGAAAUGAUUGUUCCCUUCUUCUCCAAGAUUGUCCUGUCGAUGCUAACUCUGGAGACCCUUUGUUCUUGGAGCCUUUCUGGAUGCGACAAGCAGAGAGAAGUGCGGUUUUGGUCUCGGGAUGGCAUAGGAUGAGUUAUAUCUAUCAAGAUGGGACAUCUGUGUCUAAAGAACUCGAGAAGGUCAUUAGGAAGCUGCAUGGUGUAGUGGGAAACGCUAUUACAGAGAACAGAUUCGUAAUCUUUGGAAGUGGAUCCACACAAUUGCUUGCAGCAGCUGUUCAUGCCUUGUCUUUUAUAGAAUCAUCAUCACCACCUGCAAGACUUUUAGCUUCUGUUCCGUUUUACGCUAUGUACAAGGAGCAAGCGGAGUUCUUUGAUUCAGCACAUCUCAAGUUUGAAGGAGAUGCGUUUGCGUGGAAGAAGAGCGAGGACAGUGAUAAUGUCACACAAGUUAUAGAGGUGGUGACAUCUCCGAAUAAUCCAGAUGGGAUGUUGAAAAGAGCGGUUCUUCAAGGUCCUAAUGUCAAAACAGUUCAUGAUUACGCCUACUAUUGGCCUUAUUUCUCGCCUAUAACUGUUCCAGCUGAUGAAGAUUUGAGCUUGUUCAGUCUCUCCAAGACUACAGGUCAUGCUGGCUCAAGAUUCGGAUGGGGAUUGGUAAAGGACAAACUGUCUGUUUAUGAAAAGAUGAAAAGAUAUGUAACUUUAAGUAGUAUGGGAGUUUCUCGGGUAACACAGCUUCAAGUUCUUGAAUUGCUCAAAGUAGUAGUUAGCGAUGGAGGCGAUGAGAUAUUCAGUUUUGGUUAUGAAACUUUGAAGAAAAGAUGGGAUACACUGAACAAGAUCUUCUCAAUGUCCAAUCGUUUCUCGUUGCAGACAACCAAACCUGAGUACUGCAACUAUUUCAAGAAAGUCAGAGACUUCACUCCUUCUUAUGCGUGGGUGAAGUGUGAGAGAGUAGAAGAUACAAACUGCUAUGAGAUUUUCAGAGCGGCGAAGAUAACAGGUCGCAGUGGCAAAGUUUUUGGAUCAGAGGAAAGGUUUGUGAGAUUGAGUCUCAUCAGAUCACAAGACGACUUUGAUCAUCUUAUUGAUAUGUUGAAGAAGUUAGUCUCUCGAGGAGCUGAUUUCAUCUGAAAACUUAAUGUUGUCAUCAAAUGUCUUCAAUUCAUUCAUAUGAAGAAAGUGUAUGCUUUGUGACUAUAAGGAUAAAUCCAAAAUCACGCAUGCUUGUUCAUGUAACAUUCCUGUUAU